AAAAUGGCAGCGAGAAGGUAAUUUCUUACACGGGUGUAGUCGGUGGAGAAUUUGUGUGCAGUGAUGAGUGACAAGUGAUAACAUUUUUUUCAUCAGUCGUCAGGAUGUCAUCUGAAAGGAUGGAGUGGGUGGAAAUCAUUGAACCUCGCACGAAGGAGCAUAUGUAUGCCAAUCUCACAACUGGCGAGUGUGUUUGGGAUCCACCACCUGGAGUACCAGUUAAAAAGACUGACAACAAUCAAUGGUGGGAGCUGUUUGAUCAGAAUACAUCGAGGUUUUACUACUAUAAUGCAACUUCUCAAAAGACUGUGUGGCACAGGCCUCAGAACUGUGACAUAAUUCCUUUGGCAAAACUGCAGACUCUUAAACAAAACACUGAGCCUCUUCCUGAAGAUCAAGCAGCACAAGAGGAACCAAAGAAGAAAGAGUCUGUAGCCACCCAAACACCAGGCCGUACAGUAAGGAGCUCAAAGUCUUCACACGAUUCAGCAGGGACGGCUGCUCCAACCCAUCAGCAUGACAAGACUGAAACCAUAAGAAAUUCAAGGUUAGCAGCUACUGGUAGUGGUAAGAUAUCUGUUAGUUCCGAGACACAGACAUCUCCUUCAGGAUCUCCGAGAUCUGGACGACACUCUCACCAUCAUCGCCACCAUCACAGGCACCAUCAGACGAAUAGGCCAGUUGAAGAUGUCGGACAUCGAUCUACUGCGUGGUACACACGAACAGCUCAUUCUCAGGAUUCUGGGCGAUCAAGUGACUCGAGUUCAGUAUCGCACAGCCGCACAUCACUGGAAUCAGGGUAUCGUCUUUUAGAAUCUCCACACCAUCAUCACAAUCACCACAGCCACCGAUACACAAACCCAGCUGGCCUUUCCCCACCACCUCCGCAACCUGCUGCAGAUCACAGACAUAGAGAAGCUGGCAUGGGCCUUACUCUGUCUACAAGCACUCCUCUUUUCAAGAAGAAACCGUUAGGAGAAGCAAAUUCACAGGUCCCCCACUUGACGCAGCAGCAACGAAGUAGUCUUGACAAAUAUGGUUUGUUAUCUGUACAUUUGGCUGGAAGUCACCAUAGGGAUCAAGGAUCCUUGCUUGCCAAACAGAGGAGUUUCGAUGUAGCAGAAAGUAGCCAAGCUAUUGGUGGCUACCAGUUUGGCCAUGACAUCCAUUUGCGUCAUUCAAACCAAAGCCAACUACCAGCUCCUCUUGCAAGAAGCUAUAGCUUUAUGCAACGCCGAGAAAAAUAUCAUCAGCAUCAAGAUGAGGAUGAUUCAAUGCAUGAAAAGUAUUUCCUGGGAACAGGGAGUGGUAAUUCAGGAAUGCGUUCUGUGGAGUCUACACCACAGGCUCGGCGGAAGUAUCACAGUGGGGGUAGUAGUCGGCAGACAUCUGGAACUGGCACAACAGAUUACAUUAAUUUUGUAACUCCUCCAACACAGUGUUAUACAAAACAUGGAUCAAAUUCUUUAGGUGUUCAUUCUGGAAGUAGAGUGUCUAAAGAACUGUUAGAUACAGCUAAAGAUGAUGUUCUGAACAUUACAACACCACUAAUGCACAGAAAAACUAAAUCUGAGUCGAGAUAUCGUGAGCCGGUGGUGCACCAACAAAAGAAGCAACCUCACAAAUAUAAUUUUGCGAGUAUAGAACGACCAGCUCAGUCAGUGGCUUCAUCGAAUAAGACUUUAAGUAAUGAUGAAAAUUCUAGCAGUGAAGAACCAACCUCCAGUCCCUCUGCAUCAUCACCAGCUACAUCUCCAUGUAGCCCAUCUGCACUUAGAAACAAGAAGAGUCACUCGAAUACAUUCAUGCCCGUUGAUAUUCCCAGGCAGAGGUGCAAUCUCCAGGAGGACACCACGAAAAACAAUAUUCCAUAUGAUGAUAUGAUUUCAUCUGUUGGACCUGAACUGAAAGGAUUACCACAAUCACCACAACCUCUGAGAGAAAGUGGAACACCAAAGAAUUCUGAAUUCAACAAUGGAAAUAAUGGAGUGGGAAAAUUCAAUGAUCUUUCUGCAGUGGACAACAGUAAAGGAAGUAAUGUGUGCUGUGGACCACUUUACAGUAACCUUGAUUAUCAGUAUAUUAUGGACCCUGAGAUGCAGGCCCAUCUCCUCCCACUGCAGCAGUACAUUUUGGAACAGGCAAAACUUUCAGGUUGCUACAGGUUUGGUGAUCCUCUGAAUGAAGAGGCUGAUUCACUGCACUCAGAUGAUGAAGACCAUUCAACAGGAAGAGGUGAAGAUGACAGUGAUGAAUUUGCUGAUGAUGAAGGCAUGUCUAAUCAAGAGGAUUCUAGCUCACAAGAGUACCUUGAUGAUAGCAAUUACCUGGAUGAAGAAGAAAGUCACAGAGAAAAUUACAGCCAAUUUCUCUCAGCUCAGAAUCAGCUCAGGAUAAGGUCAAAAUUUCAUGGAGAUUUUCGAAAUAAUGACUGUGGAGAUGGCGGUGGAUAUUACAACACAAACUUAAUUAGUACUCCAGCAUUGACUGCAGCAAGUCUUCAACAACAUCAGCAACAACAGACGUGCCAUUCAAGGGGUAGUGGUGGAGCAAUCAUUGGAUCUGUGUCAGGUUCACUUGGUGGCAGCAUGCAGCAUCCAGCACUGUCCAUUCCAAAUAAUUCCAGCACACUUCCACUUGAAACACAGCAUGCUUCUUUGAAGAGGAAAAAGGAAGCACCACCACCACCUACAUUGUAUUCCCCAAUACUGGAGAAAACAGAGCGCCAGUGUAGUCCUGUGCCCCAAACCUUGUCACUGCCUAUUCCUUGUAGUCAUUAUCAAAGUAACAUUAAUGGUAAUGGCAACAGUAGUUUUGUGUUUCGCCCACUUUCUCUCCCGGCACCUUCUUAUAUGGAGGCCAAAAAAAGCAGCGAUAGUGCUCUCACCCUGGAUUCACAGCAGCUUGGACAGCAGUCACACGUCGUUCUGAGUCGGGACAAGAAGUUGCCAUCUGAGAGUGAUAUUGAGAAAUAUGCACAAGAUAACCUCAAUAUUCAUAAAAAGGGCAUUUUCCGUAAAAAAUUCUCCAUCAGAGAUAUGCUUUCAUGGUCAAAGGAUCCUAUUCGGAAACCAAUGCUAGUGUUAUCAGAUAAAGCAUUGAAGAAAGAUGCUUGUGAUCUUUUCAAAUUGGUACAGAUAUACAUGAAUGAUCGGAAGGCCAAAGUUGGAAUGACUUUUAACAGUGUCGCACUUGAGAUAUGCAAUUAUGGUUACAGUAAACCAGCUUUAAGGGAUGAACUUUACAUUCAGAUAUGCCGCCAAACCACUGAAAAUCCUAGAAGGGAGAGCCUUCGACGUGGAUGGGAGCUUCUUGCCAUUUGCCUUGCUUUCUUCCCACCGUCCCCAAAAUUUCAGUCAUAUCUGGAUGGAUACAUGAACAGGCACAGGGAUCCUGCUUUUGAUUUCCCAGAAGUUGGAAAAUGGCCAAUUCAUGUUCAGAUAAGUCAUUAUGCCACAGUUAGCUGCAAGAGGCUAGAACGUAUUGGGCACACUGGAAAAAAGGCUCCACGGAAACCUACCAUUGAGGAGAUUGAUCAAGCAAGACUGCAAAUAUUUCGACCCAGCAUGUUUGGAAACACGCUGCAAGAAGUUAUGGCAUUGCAAAAAGACAGAUUUCCUCAUAGAAAACUUCCAUGGGUUCAGACAACACUUUCUGAAGAAGUCCUCAAACUUCAAGGUGCCCAAACUGAAGGAAUAUUCAGGGUAUCAGCAGAUGUAGAUGAAGUGAAUUCAUUGAAAAGUCGAAUAGAUCGCUGGGAUUUACCUUCAGCGGAAAUGACAGAUGGCCAUGCACCAGCCUCCCUUUUAAAGCUGUGGUAUCGCGAGCUGUAUGAACCUCUAAUACCUGACAACAUGUAUACAGAAUGUGUGAAUCAUCAUGCUGAUCCAGAAAAGGCUGUGGCAAUUGUGCAUAAACUCCCAGAACUUAACAAACUUGUUCUGUGCUACCUCAUACGCUUCCUCCAGAUAUUUGCAAGGAGUGAAGUUGUCCAAGUUACAAAGAUGGAUUCGAGCAAUUUGGCAAUGGUCAUGGCUCCCAAUUGCUUGCGAUGCACUUCAGAUGAUCCUCGUGUGAUUUUUGAAAAUGCGCGGAAGGAAAUGGCAUUCAUGAGGACACUUAUUCAGAGCCUUGACACAAGCUUUAUGGAAGGAGUGUAUUAGCUUGCAAUGCGAAGGGUAGUGUACUGACUCUUCCUUCUGUUGGGGGAUAUUUGAAAACGUGAAUCUCUUGUACAUAAGUGUUGUUAUUUUGGUAAGUUGCUAUCUGUUGAUAUCAAAACAGAUUUACCGGUGAAACUUUUGCCUUUUAAAGCCUUUAGAAGUGCACAGGUAUGCCUAUUUGUAUUGUGUAUUUGUUCAUACCAAGUUUUAUGGAAAGUCAUUGUAAAUAAAAUAUGAAAAAUACUAUGUUAUAUGGAAAAGCUUAAUUACCAAAGCUUAUGAGAUAAAAUAACUUGUAAAGAUUGUGAGAGAAUUAUAAUUAUUUAUUGUUUUUAUUAUUUGUCACAUUUUUGCCAUUUUUAAAAUAACCACCAUGUAAAUUUUUGUACAGAACCAUCACUAUUAACUUAAUUUUUUAAAUAAUAUUUCAUAUAGAUCUUAUUGUUAUCUAUACAGUGUGUUUCCAUUUAAUGGUAUUUUUCUUUAUGUCUUGUGUAUUGUAAUAUUUUGACACUUAACUUGAGAUAUAAUAAACAGGUCAUUACCAAAAUACUUGACAGUAAUGCAUAAUGUAUGUUGUUGAUUAUUCAAAUGCAUCAAGAUCAUACAUUAAGGCUUUUAUUAUAGAACACAUGUGCCUGUGCUGUUAUACCAUUCCGCACUAAUAUAUGGGUGCUGUUACAGUAGUAUUAGAUAUUAUACUUCGAAAGAGCAGUUAAGAAAUUUUAAUAACUCCAGCAGUGUAUGGCAUUAAGUACAUUUCAUUUUUACUGGUUAUAUUAUGAUGUUUCUGGUUUAUAUACACCAUACCCAUCCAUACUCUGUUAGCCAAUUGCCAUUGUUGACAAUUUUCUGUAUCAUCAGUAUAGAAAUUACUUGUGGUUGCCAUGAAAAAGAAACUAAAAAUACACACUUUCCAUGUUUUCUUCUAUUACUGAGUAGAUGAAACACCUAUUGUACUUAGGGAUAACAAUUCUUUAAUUGUGUUGCCAUUAACUUGAAAACAGAAAUAAAAUUUUAUUUGUGUGUGUGUGUGUGUGUGUGUGUGUGUGUGUGUGUGUGUGUGUGGGUGGGUGGGUG